GAGAGGUCUUUUACCGUUUAUAAUCGACCGUCUCUAAAACCCUGAAAUCCUUCAUGCCUAUAGGCGCCCCCGCCUUGCUUUUGCCUCUUUUUCAAUAGCUAAAGCUCAAAGCAACCACAAAGAUCUUAAAAAUUCACAGACAUGGAGGUAGAAAUAGAAGCUUCAGAGAUGGAAGUAGAAGAACAACAACCUAUUCCCAGUUCAACCAAGAAAUUUGGUCUAAAGGAUUACAUACAAACCAAUUACGGCGACGAUUAUGUUUUCCAAAUCGUCCCCACGGAUGAUUGGACUUCCAUGGCGGUAUCUUUAUCGACUAAUGCAGUGAAACUUUACUCGCCAAUGACGGGUCAAUAUUUUGGAGAGUGCAAGGGACAUUCCUCAACUAUUAAUCAUAUAUCUUUCUCUGGUGGUUCCAAUCAGCAUGUUUUGCACUCUUGUUCCUCUGAUGGAACUAUCAGGGCGUGGGAUACCAGAACUUUUCAACAGGUAUCGUGUGUAACUGCUGGUUCUUCUCAAGAGGUUUUUAGAUUCUCAUUUGGAGGGUCUGAUGAUAAUCUUUUGGCUGCUGGAUGUCAAUCCCAGAUACUUUUCUGGGAUUGGAGGAACAAGAAGCAAGUUGCAUGCUUGGAGGAAUCUCAUGUGGAUGAUGUUACUCAGGUACAUUUUGUCCCCAACCAUCAAAACAAACUAGCUUCUGCUUCUGCUGAUGGAUUGAUAUGCAUAUUUGAUACCAAUGGAGAUAUCAAUGAUGAUGAUCAUCUUGAAUCUGUUAUCAAUGUGGGAACUUCAAUUGCAAAAGUUGGGGUUUUUGGGGACUCUUAUGAGAAGCUCUGGUGUUUAACAAACAUUGAGACUUUAAGUGUAUGGGAUUGGAAGGAAGGAACCAAUGAAGCAAACUUUGAGGAAGCUCGUUCAUUGGCAUCAGAGAGUUGGACAUUGGAUCAUGUUGAUUAUUUUGUUGAUUGUCACUCUUCCGGAGGUGACAAUUUAUGGGUGAUCGGUGGGACUAAUGCUGGCUCUAUAGGUUAUUUUCCGGUAAAGUAUAAAGGAACAGCAAUGAUAGGACCUCCAGAAGCCGUUCUUGGGGGCGGCCAUAUGGGUGUUGUUAGGAGCAUAUUGCCUAUGCCUAGCAUGCAAAGUGGAACUGCUCAAGGCCUUUUUGGAUGGACCGGUGGUGAGGAUGGUCGGUUAUGCUGUUGGAAGGGUGAUGAUUCACCAGUCAUCAGUCGGUCCUGGAUCUCAAGUACAAGUACAUUGGCCCUGAAGGUACCACGAAAUCGAAAAAACAGUAGGCGUUGUCCCUACUAAGUAUCCAUUGCACCGCUCUCAUGGUUUGUCUUUGUAACUCUUUCUUUUCCGUCAAAAAGUUUUCCCAGCUCAUGUACUGUAAUGUAAGAAAGCACUUGGAAAUUAAAUUGUUCUACUAUUUAAAGCAAUUGUUUUCUUUCUUUA